GUGUUCCUCUUCGCGAGAUCUCUUCAAAAACCCUAACCCUAGAACUCGCCCCUGAGCUCCAAUUCCAGGGACUACCAUAAUGGCAGAGCUGCUUUAUUUGAUGGCAUUGAAGAAGGUGGGGUCAGAGCCUCAUCCUAUUCUUCUCGUGAAAUAGAUGAGCAUGAAAAUAAGAGAGCUAUUGAUGGGCUCCAAGAUUGAGUCAAUUUUCUUAAGAGAUUGACAGGUGAUAUACAUGAGGAGGUGGAUAGUCACAACUGUAUGCUAGACAGAAUGCAUGUCAAAGGCCCAAAACUACUUGGUUCCAGAGCCUUCUCGUCCAUGGUGGCACGUCUUGCAGAUCUCUGCAAUGGUGAGAGGGUCGUCGUCUUCCUCUUUGUCUCCUGCAUCCUCUUCUCCACUCCCUCCUCCCUCGCGCUGGAAGCCGCAGCUCUUCUCAUCCUCUCCUUCGCUGCUCUCGUGGUCGAGAUCUCCACCGAGGGCUCCCGCGCCCUCUUCCAAUUUAAAACUAGGCCUGGUGCUUCAUCAGGAAUGCUUCUUGGGUCAGUUACAAUGCCUGCGGCAAUGCUAUCACGGUUGAUACUGGUGUCUAGGGCAAUAUCACAACAUCAUGUUGGAUCUGAAGAUUUUUCCUAUAUGGGCAUGCUGUAUUGGGCUGUGUCUGCAUGCAGCUUUGGUGUGCUAAUAUUGUGUUCGAUGCUGCAAAACUUACCUGGUGAUACUAGUUCACGAUUAGGGGGAGUUCCGGCCUCUACAUGUUCCUUAUUCUGCACAAUAUUUUAUAUGUGUUCAUGCUACUUGUCUCUGACAGCAAAAUCAUAUGCUGCUUGGCAUGCAACAAUGAAUUUGGUGUGGUAUCUCUGCCAUGGAAUUGCUACUGUAGCACUUAUCCGGCAUAUUCUUCAUAAGUUUCCAUAUUGUGCUUCCAUAGGGGAAGCACUCCUGGUCACUAGUGGUCUGGUUCUUUACGCUGGUGAUAUGCUGGCACUUUCCCUUUCAAAGAUUCUGUCAUCCUUAUUGUUCAUGGAACAUGCUUUUGUUGAAUAUGGAACUAAAAGUGAAAUUCACAUGGUUUUGCAGGGAAUGUUACUUGGGAUUCUCCUUUUCCCUUCAUUUUACAAAUCUGUCCUAUACGUUGGAUGUCUUCUAACAAGUUCAAACAAGUCUGGAGCUCAGCUAGGGAGAGGAUGGGCAUAUGUAGGGAUCAGCAGAUCUAUGGUAUUUUACUUUUCUCUGAUAGCCAUGUUGAUUCUGAUUGUUCCGGCAUGGAUGAUGUUUGCUGAGGACUUUCAUAUCCAUCCUUUACAGUGGGUGGUCAUCUUUGUGUUCACCGAACCCCUUAAGCGAACAACAUUAUGUAUUUACUGGAUAUCUGUGAUUUGUGCAUCUGUUUUCCGCUUUUACAAUAUUUCAAAACAAAGCAAGAUAGAGAGGAUUCUUCUUCGGAAGUAUUACCAUCUGGUGGCUGUGCUUGUGUUUGUGCCUGCUAUUUUUUUUGAGCCAACUUUUCUGGAUCUCGCAUUUGGUGCUGCUUUGGCAGUUUUCUUGAUAAUGGAAAUGAUUCGAGUUUGGGAAAUCUGGCCUUUAGGUCAUAUUGUACGUAAAUUCAUGAAUGCUUUUACUGAUCACCGUGACUCAGAGAUUCUUGUCAUCAGUCAUUUUUCUCUUCUACUGGGUUGUGCCCUUCCAAAAUGGAUGAGCUCUGGAUAUAAUGAUAGGCCGCUGGUUCCUUUUGCUGGUAUCUUAAGCUUAGGAAUUGGGGACACAAUGGCUUCUAUGGUUGGCCACAAGUAUGGUGUUCUCAGGUGGAGCAAAACUGGCAAGAAAACCAUCGAAGGUACAGUUGCUGGCAUAGCAUCUGUCUUGGUGGCAUGUUUUAUUCUCCUACAUCUUGCAUCCGCUGGCUAUAUACUUUCCCAGCACUGGGUGCCAUUGCUUCUGGCAGUAACAUUGAGUGGCUUAUUGGAGGCGUAUACUGCACAGCUUGAUAAUGCCUUUAUUCCCCUUGUAUUCUACAGCCUUCUCUGCCUGUAAAAUGUGAAACACGUUAAUAUUGAAGGAUUUUUGAUGCAUUGAAGCUUGAAAGUUGAGGAUCAAUGCAGGAAGCUCUUCUCAGAGGAUUGUGAACAAAGGUAUGACCAUAUGAGCUCUAGUAACCUUAAUUUUUAUGGAUAUGUGUGCUGGUUAGUGCUUAAGCUUUGUCUGUUGUGUAGUAAUAUGGGGCAAUCCUCUCUUAAGGCCUUCAAUGGUAAUAGUAAUGGUCAUGAUGCCAUGACGAUGGUGAGGAUGUUAGUAUGAGUUUAGUGCUUAUCACCAGCUCAUUUCCAUUGAUGUAUCGGUUUCUUUUCAAGAUGAGCUUGGAUCAUAACAUAGCCAUAGUUUGAUUGUAGUUCAAAGACAAUUUAGUGCCUCCUGAAAAUUUUGCAUGACUUUUAGAGUUUUUAUCA